AUGACAAAGAAGCAAGAGUCUGCGAUCGUAAAGACGCCAGCAGAGAGCGAAGAAGAAAAACUCAUACCCAUGAUCAUGCAUAGUGCAUCGCCUGUUCCAUAUCAGAGCAGAAUUCCCUAUGAUUUCAAUUACUACGGAGAUUUCUACUUCGCAUCGAUCGCUCAUCGUGAAGAAAGACUUAAAGCCAUACACGAGGCCAGAAUUGGAGCGACAUGUGACAACUCUGGCGGAACAGAUGACAAGAUUGUUACACAUCAAAGACAGGGUUUGUUUAGAUUCACGGACUUGCCGGCUGAAAUUCGAAAGCUCAUAUUUCAAUUGAUCGCCUCUACUCUCCUUCAUUUUGACCCCAAAUCAAACAUCUAUUCCAAUCAUGCCGUUAUCGAGACGGUUGCUGAUGAAGGGGAGAGCUCAAGAAGUAUCGGGAAUACUUGGGGCCCAAGGCUCGACUGGGCAUACCUCGAGUGGGUUCGAGUAUUAGCAAAUGUCAGCAUGCAAUUUAGGUUGGAGUUUGGCUCUGUAAUCUGGGAAAGAUCUCAAAUAUACUAUUAUGACGUCACAAGGAAGUCAGCUUUAGGGCACUUCCUAACAGCAAGCCCAGGAAUAACGAAAGGGAUUGAAGAGCUCGUGAUUAAUAUUACACUUGAAGAGUGUUUAAAAUGGGAAACCAGCAGCGACGAGUCAAUACAGAGUUGCAACAGAAGGUUUCAAGCUUUAAUAGAACUCAUUUCUCAAAAAUUGGACUUGGAGUGUUUGACGCUAAGUCUUAGCGGCACACAGAGCGCCCUUUUCAACCUCGCUGAGGGAGAAGGUUCGUUGAAGAUCUUGAGAAACAUUAGAGAUUUAAAGGUGACUAAGGGAUUUCAAGUUGAGAUAAGAGGUUACUCUGAGCUCGUUGAGGACGGCUACGACACGUAUUGUGGGUCAGAUCGACAGUUCAAGUUUACAUGGGAACCAAAAAUCAGAGAAGCACUCCUACCCAAUGUUUUGCGUCCUCAAAGACCCAAAACAGACCGAAAUCAUUACCUUGCGUCUGGAGCAAAAGAACAUGAGAUCGGCGCUAUCGAGUAG